GUUUCCUGUGAUCAUCGAUUGUCGCAGCCUGGCGACAUUGUACUUUCUGGAGCCAAUUUGGAGACAUGUUGUUGUGCAAGAUCACGAACGUCGCCGUCAACGAUGCCCCAAGACAACCUUCCAUGAGGCUUCGGAUAUGCCGAGAUUCUAUCGUCCAUCAUAGAAAUGAUGGAGGACUCGCUUGUCUGGUCCAGAACGCCGCUGUUGAGAGCAGACUACAAACCCCUUGAGACGCGUCUUGCCAAGAAGACACCGUGCAGCCGUUGCUGUUUGAGACUUUAAGACUUGGCGCGGACCCCAUAGACCUGGACGCCGACGAGGCUCGGCGUCAUGGCAAGCAUCUCAUUUAUGCUGUGUCUGAGCUCCUUGGGACUCUCUCACCAGGCAGCACCCUGAGAAGGGACGAAUUGACGAAAGACAUACAAAACUUGCGUAAAACAGGAGACUCCGCAGAGAUGGUCAUUGCAUUAUGCGGUGAGACGGGCGCUGGGAAGUCAUCGCUCAUCAAUGCACUGCUCGGAGAUAAUCUUGUGCGGACUAGUGGCAUGUCCGCCGUUGUCACCGAAGUCCGGUACAGUACGGACAAUCAGAUCAAGGCCGAUAUUGAGUAUCUCACGAAGACUGAAUGGUACAACGAGGUGGAACACCUACUCCAAGACGUAAAGGACAAUCCAGAUGGCCGCGUGAAGCAUCGCUGGGAUCUCGUUGAGGAGGCGGCUGUCGCAUGGGAUAAAAUGUCAGCUGUGUACCCCUCUGUCAAUGAGGACAUAUUGUCCGAUAUAACCGUAGAGCAACUCUCGCAACAGAACAUUUUUGUGCCGCUCUUCCUCGGAAAGACAGUACACAUUGUCACAGAAAGCUCGGCUACAGAAAUGUUCACGAGCGAGGUAUCGCAGUAUAUUGACCCGUCGAAUGGCUUAAAAACUGCCUCAUAUUGGCCUCUCGUUAGGAAGAUCACGAUUCAUUGCCCAGCUCCAGUAUUGUCGACUGGAGCUGUGCUCGUGGACUUACCUGGGGUUGCUGAUAGCAAUGCAGCCCGCUGCAAAGUUGCCAGAGAUUACCUGAAACGCGCUGAUCGUGUCUUCGUAGUUUCGCCCAUCACCAGGGCGGUGAGUUCGAAGGUCGCCCGAGACUUGUACGGAGUCGCAUUUCGAACGCAGUUGACGUUGGACGGAAAAUAUUCUCCUGAGGUCAUCACUUUCAUCGCAACAAAAUGUGACGAUGUAUCACCACAAGAGAUCCUUCGGGAGCCAGCACUCAAGCGAAAGCUGGCAGAUUGUGACGAGCUGAAGAAGAUCGACAACGAUAUCGCAAAGCAUAGAAAGAAUCUGCAGAGUUGGGCUCAGGCUGCGAAAUCGAUGACAUGCGCAUCUGUACUUGAACAGCCGCAGAGAGGGCCGAACGUGCUCACAAGAUCUAGAAGUACCACCGCAGAAUCCGCUUCCAUCGGUAUGAAGCGCCCUACUGACAACUAUGGGAAAGACAGCCUAGGGAAGAGACAGAAGAUAUCUGCGCCACUUGGCGUCAGUCCAGCAUCCGGACAGCACACUAUCAUUGAAUCCGACUUCAACGAGUUGGAAAGUUUGUAUGAUAAAGCGCAGUUCAUGGUAGGACACGUUCAAAAGGCGCUGUCGAGGUCCAUGAUGGAGAAGGACAGGUUACAUCAGUGGUCUAAGAUGGCACUCCAGGAGGAUUUCCGAACCGGUUUGCCUCAGUUUGAAGACCUCACGCAAGAGCCGGCAGAUUGUGACCUGGACAUGAAGCUUCCUGUUUUCACAUGCGCUUCUAGGGAUUUCAUGCGUAUCAUCAACAAGGCGGAAGACGACCGGGGCCCUUCGUGCUUCGUUGAGGAAGAGGAUACCGAGAUCCCGGCUCUAUCCCGCUGGAUCUUGCAGCUCACCGUUCCAGCCAGAGAGAAGGCCACUGACGAGCUUUUUGAGGGCUUGGAGAGGCUUAUAACCUCGGCAUUAGCCUUCAUUGAAGGUAUCCCAGGCGUGACUGCCGAAGAUCGCAACGCCCUUCGAAACAGAUGGAAGUCAAAGGAGACACAUCCGCGUUGGCCGCACGUGCUCAAGCCAACUAGCAGAGAGCUCAGACUGGGACGGUAUGCAUCUCGCCAGACCAGUGUCAUCUAUCGCUUGAUCAAGAGUUUUGAGACUGUAUCAGAUGGCGUUGUCGAGGGUCUGAACAAGUCUCUUGUAUCCACGUUGAAGCAGAAAUGUGAUGACAGUGCAAAGCUGGCAGCAAAUGCAGUGGUGAAAGUAUCUGACGAUUUCGCUUCCUCGACAUAUUGGUCGACUUACCGUGCUACACUCCGACGUAAAGGCCAUUUCCGGCGGGACCUGAAUGUCGAGUUAACGACGGCUUUCACACUACAACUCGCAAGCUCGUGGACACGGACAUUCAGCUCCCAACAUAUGGAGUCUUUGAAGUAGAGGGCCAUCUCUACCAUUCGCGUCCUCCUGGAUGAACUCAUCUCGUCAGUCCCGGACUAUCUGCAGAGAUACUCAAGGAAACUGCGAGCCACGGCCUUGUCCGACGCACAUCGCAACAUGCGCAAAGUUACCGACACGGUCAAAC